CCGAACGAGCUUGAGACUAUUAGCAUGGCUUGUCACUGUCCUUACGGAUAGUUUGGUGGCCUUAUGGAAACGGGUCAUCCAGCGCCCGGCCAGGCGACCGCGGCCGAUCAAUCUCCUCCGGUGCGCGGAACCGGUCAAGGCGGCGGCGGCGCUCGCGCGAAAUCUGGAGGCAGGCCUCGCUCUAUUCGGUGCGGGCGCCGGCUAGGGUUCGCCCCCGGCGAUGAACGAGAAGCGCGGGCUGGAGGCCGCCGCCGCCGCCGGCGACGGCCGCCCCGAGGCUAAGCGGUCGCGCCCCCCGGCUCUUGCCAGGUCUUCUCCAAAGCGAAUUGAAGGUCCUGGUGGAAAAAAUCUGCAACUCCAAUUCAGGACAAGAUUGUCCCUUCCCCUUUUUACCGGGGGAAAAGUUGAAGGGGAGCAGGGGGCUUCAAUUCAUGUGGUUUUGCUUGAUACCGGCAAUGGCUGUGUUGUAUCAUCUGGGCCAGAGUCGUCUGCCAAGCUUGGUAUUGUCGUUCUAGAAGGCGAUUUCAACAAUGAAGAUGAGGAAGGCUGGACAGAGGAGGAAUUUGACAGUCAUGUAGUGAAGGAGCGUGAGGGGAAACGACCUAUUAUAACUGGCGAUAUACAAGUCACACUGAAAGACGGUGUUGGCACAAUUGGGGAGUUCACGUUCACAGAUAACUCUAGCUGGAUAAGGAGUAGGAAAUUCAGACUUGGUUUGAAAAUUGCCUCAGGGUUUUGUCAGGGUGUUCGCAUCCGUGAGGCAAAAACUGAAGCUUUCAUGGUUAAGGACCAUAGAGGAGAAUUGUUCAAGAAGCAUUAUCCACCUGCAUUGAAGGAUGAGGUCUGGAGGUUAGAGAAAAUAGGAAAAGAUGGGUCGUUCCAUAAGAGACUGAAUAAAUCUGGAAUUUUAACUGUUGAAGAUUUUCUCAGGCUUGUGGUUCGGGAUCCACAGAAGUUGCGUACUAUCCUCGGAAGUGCCAUGUCCAACAAGAUGUGGGAUUCUCUUGUUGAACAUGCAAAAACCUGCGUCUUAAGUGGAAAAUAUUACAUAUACUAUUCUGAUGAGCACAGAACUGCUGGUGCUAUUUUCAACGACCUCUAUGCAUUCUGUGGGUUGAUUUCUGGCGAGCAAUUCUAUUCAUCUGAAAGUCUCGAUGAUGGCCAAAAGCUCUUUGCUGAUGGGCUGGUGAAGAAAGCAUAUGAUAAUUGGAUGUAUGUUAUUGAAUAUGAUGGUAAAGCUCUCUUGAACCCUAAACCGAAGAAAAAGGCUGCAUUAACUAGUCAACCUGAGGCUCGUGCUCCUGCUGCAUAUGUACAGCGCAUUUCUUCAACGAGUAUGCCAGGACCAUGUACAGCAGGGACAAAUGGUUCUAUAGGGUACGAUGGCAACCAGACAGCAACACAGUCUGUUCAGCUUCAGAGUUCAUCUGCUAAUGUGCCGGUGCCAUAUGAUGAGGCCUUUUCAUUUUUGCCAGACGAGAUGUUUUACAUGCCAUCUCCAUUGCCAACCCUAGGCUUCGAAGGUGAGCCCAGCCAUCCAUCGGGCAAAGCCGUUGUUGGGUGGCUCAAGAUAAAGGCUGCUAUGAAAUGGGGAAUAUUUGUCAGGAAGAAAGCUGCGGAGAGAAGGGCACGGAUUGUUGAGCUGGAUGAUUAAGAUCUUGGCGUUUGCUCACUGAUAAAACUCCGCCUAUGUUGUCUCAGCAUAGCCGGUCCCAAACCCGGGUAAAGGAGGAGGGUUGUGAUAGGCGUGACGAGCCAACGUGAAAAACCCAGCCACUCUUAUGAAGAUGAAACCCAA